AUGCCCAACAAAGAUUUAAUGACCAUUGCCCCUAAUGCUGCACGGGGUCUAAACGACAAAUUCUAUGAGAAACGAAAAGCUGCUGCUUUGGAAAUUGAAAGGAUCGUCCGCGACUUGCAUAAGCAAAAUGAGCAUCAACAAGUCAUUCAAUUAAUCCGUCAAAUUAUACAUGAUUACGUACUUUCGCAUAUCAAUCCCAACAGCUGCCGAGGUGGUGUUAUUGCUCUAGCUGCUAUUGUAACCGGGAUAGGAAAGGAAGCUAAUCAAUACAUGAAAGAUGUUAUUCCCGUUAUUCUAAGAUGUUUCGACGAUAGUGAUAAGGAAACUCGAUUUUUUGCUUGCGAAGCGAUGUACAAUAUUGCAAAGGUUAUUCGUGACGAUAUUUUAAUGUAUCUGAAUGAUGUUUUCAAAGGUCUUAGUAAGUUAAUAGGAGAUGCAAGUGUCAGGACAGGAGCUCAGUUGCUGGAUAGGCUAAUGAAAGACAUUGUGACUGAAAAAUCUACUCCUGUAAAUGUUGUCACAUUUAUACCGCUCUUAAGAGAUCGAAUCUAUACCAAAAAUCCUUACGCUAGGCAAUUUGUUGUUUCUUGGAUCUCUGUACUGCAAAGCAUUCCGAAGUUCGACCUACUAGCUUAUUUACCCGAGUUUUUAGAUGGGUUAUUUAUAAUUUUAGGGGAUAGUGGCGAUGAAUUACGCAAAAUGUGUGCAACAAUUUUAGGAGAAUUUUUGAAAGAAAUCAGCCAAAGAAGCUUUUCUGGUGUAGCUGCUACUGUAAAAUAUUCCGAUUUAGUUCAUGUCUUAAUGGCUCAUUGUAUAUCUUCUGACGACGUAACGCAACUGACUGCAAUCGUAUGGCUACAAGAGUUUGUAAAUAUUGAUGGUUUGUCUAUGCUUGCGCAUUGUGCAGAUAUAUUGGUUGCAAUUUUACCACUUUUGGCCUAUGAAGACAGCGGAAUUAAUCAAAAUAUCCUUUUAUAUAAACGGAAAGAAAAAUCGGCCGGAAAUGUCGAUGUUACUGCAACCGCUGUUGUAUCACUACCAUUACCGGAUGGCUUUUUACAUGCUAAUACAGUUUUAAAUGUCCUUAUCCGGAUGCUUUCUAAUGUUGCAAUACGAACAAAGCUCGCAAGCUUAGAGUGGAUUUAUUUACUUAGUAUUAACCUAGAAGACGAGAUGGCAGAUCGGAUGGAUUCUUUGCGAUUAGUUUUAAUGGAAACCCUUAAAGACAAAUCGGACGAGGUGAAACGUCAAAUACUUAUGAUCUGUAUUGAAAAUAUUAUAUUGAAAUUGCAAUUAAUUUUCAGAUCAUUGUUUAAAAAUUUGAAAGAUAAAAAAGACGACUAUUUUAUGAAAUUCAUAGCAGAACUGACUAACGAAUUUCAGCACGAUGAACAGUUUAUAAAGGAUCGUGGUUCGGUCAUUAUCCGGCAGCUAUGUAGUUUAUUGAACGCAGAAGACGUCUACAUGGCUUUUGCAAGGACUCUCUUAGAUGCAGAUAACACAAAAUUUACAGUAUUGAUGGUUAGAAUGUUGAAUACAAUCUUAAUGACUGCUCAUGAACUUUGCAGCCUAAGACAGAAAUUGAACGCCCUGAGAGACGAGGAAAGUUAUAACUUGUUCCGUUGUCUGUAUUACUCGUGGUGUCAUAAUCCUGUGGCUACCGUUUCUUUAUGUUUCCUAACUCAAACUUACAAACAUGCUUUCGAUCUUAUAGAAAUGUUUGGUAACUUUGACAUAAAUGUUGAAUUUUUGGCUGAAAUCGACCGACUGGUUCAAUUAUUGGAAUCUCCAGGUUUCACAUAUCUACGUUUGCAACUAUUGGAAAUAGAAGAUAACUAUUACUUAGUCAAGGCUUUAUAUGGUUUAUUAAUGUUGCUACCACAAGUUACCGCUUUCACCACUUUGAGGCAGCGUUUAGAAUGUGUUCCGGUACUACACUCAUCGUUGCGAUAUCAGAGCAGGUAUAGAACCACAGUGAUUAAACUAGGUUGUAUUUUACCAGUUAAUUAA